CACACACACACGCUGUUUCUAUUGCACCUCAGCCUUCUGCUACCGACAGGUCUCCGGUUUCUGGGAUUACUGAAUGGAAAUGUCUGGUGCAGUCAAACCUGUGACCUCUUUCCUCAUCGAGGACAUCCUGUCCACUAAGGACUCCAAGAGACUGGAUGGCAAAUGCAGCUCACCGAGGAGGGAGACAUUUACAGAUUGGAGAGGGGAAUCGGACAAGCUGUCAACAGACCUCUAUCCUCAGGAGUCCACCUAUGGAAUGCAGACAGAAUCCGCGGACACAUCCCGUCCCAGCUCCUCGGAGUCAAGCUUCUCCUCCAUGGGAAAACAGAAGCGGUCCAGGGCGGCCUUCACGCACCUCCAGGUGCUUGAACUGGAGAAAAAGUUCAGCCACCAGAAAUACCUGUCAGCCCCAGAGAGGGCCCACCUGGCCAGCACCUUGAGACUGACUGAGACCCAGGUGAAGAUCUGGUUUCAGAACCGACGGUACAAAACGAAGCGAAAGCAGCAGACUGCAGAACUCUGUAGGGAUGUGUACAAAGCGGAGGGCCUGGGCUUAAGAGAGGAUUUGGUCAGAGCAUCACUAAUAACUUCCUUCUGCAAAGCCUACCAGUACAGACCCUACCUGUUGGACUACAGUGGAGCCUGGGGGCCGAUGUUAUGGUAAAACAUGUCGUGUCAUGUACUAAUUAGCCAACGCCAAGGGACCCCGGACUCAAAGUUUCCUCUCUUCUAUCUGACACAUCGAGUGAAUCGAGUACACGCUUCUCUUUUCAUAUAACAACGUUGUCAAAGAAUCAAACCGUGUGCUGUACGGGCAUGCCAUGUGAUUGCACGGCGACCUGAAUGAAACUGCUUGAAAUUGUUGAUUAUUUCAGU